AUGAGGCGGCGCUCCGUGCUGCCGUCCCACCACGACGACGCGGAGAAGGGCGGCGGGAAGCCGCCGCAGUCGCGCCUCUGCUUCCUCGCCACGCUCUGCGUCAUGUUCUGGGUCCUCAUCUUCUACUUCCACUUCUCCGUCCUCGUCCCCGACCCCGACGCGCGGCCCGUCGCCGUCGCCACCCAGGCCCGCAUUGCCCACGACCACCUCCCGGACCGCGUCUUCAACCACGACGGCCUUCUCCGCACCCCGCCCGCCGCCGUCGGCAAGGAGGAGGCGCCCGCGGCCGUCGUCGGUAAGGAGGCGCCCGCGGCCGUCGUCGAGAAGGAGGAGGCGCCUGUGGCCGUCGUCGGCAAGGAGGAGGUGCCCGCGGCCGUCGUCGGCAAGGAGGAGGCGCCCGCGGCCGUCGCCGAGAAGGAGGAGGCGCCCCCGAAGGAGUACCCGUUCCAGCGGGCGCUCAAGAUGGCGGAGAACGCGAGCGACCCGUGCGGCGGCCGGUACAUCUACGUGCACGAGCUGCCGCCGCGCUUCAACGAGGACAUGCUCCGGGAGUGCCACAGCCUCAGCGUCUGGACCAACAUGUGCAAGUUCACGGGCAACGACGGUCUCGGCCCGCCGCUGAGCAACGAGGACGGUGUUUUCUCCAACACCGGCUGGUAUGCCACCAACCAGUUCGCCGUCGAUGUCAUCUUCGGCAACCGGAUGAAGCAGUACGAGUGCCUCACCAAGGACUCGUCCAUCGCCGCGGCGGUGUUCGUGCCCUUCUACGCCGGGUUUGAUGUGGCAAGGUAUCUCUGGGGGUAUAACAUUUCGAUGAGGGACGCUGCGCCGCAUGAUCUGGUGGAUUGGUUGAGGAAGAGGCCCGAGUGGAAUGUGAUGGGUGGGCGUGACCAUUUCUUGGUUGGGGGAAGGAUUGCGUGGGAUUUCAGGCGAUUCACAGACGAAGAAUCUGACUGGGGCAACAAGCUGCUGUUCAUGCCGGCUGCGAAGAAUAUGUCAAUGCUGGUGGUGGAGUCAAGCCCAUGGAAUGCCAAUGAUUUUGCGGUGCCAUAUCCGACUUACUUUCACCCUGCCAAAGAUGAGGAUGUUUUCCUUUGGCAAGAUAGAAUGAGGAGCCUGGAGAGGCCAUGGCUGUUCUCAUUCGCAGGGGCUCCUCGUCCUGGUGAUCCAAUGUCUAUCAGAGGGCAGCUCAUCGAUCAGUGCAGGACAUCAAGUUUCUGUAAAUUGUUGGAGUGUGACCUUGGAGAGAGCAAGUGCCACUCCCCAAGUGCAAUCAUGAAGAUGUUCCAGAGCUCUUUAUUCUGCUUGCAGCCCCAGGGUGAUUCCUAUACUAGAAGAUCUGCCUUCGACUCAAUGUUGGCUGGCUGCAUACCUGUUUUCUUCCAUCCUGGUUCAGCAUAUGUCCAGUAUACAUGGCAUCUUCCGAAGAAUUAUACGAGUUACUCGGUCUUCAUCCCUGAAGGUGGCGUCCGUGAUGGAAAUGUCAGUGUUGAGGAGAUACUGAGAAGUAUCCAUCCAGACGUUGUCAAGCAGAUGAGAGAAGAGGUUAUAAAUCUCAUACCAAAGGUGAUAUAUGCUGAUCCAAGGUCGAAACUGGAAACGCUAAAGGACGCGUUUGAUGUUUCGGUUUCGGCAAUCAUCAACAAAGUGACACAAUUGAGAAGAGAUAUCAUCUCUGGCAGCGAAGAUAAAGAUUUUAUUGAAGAGAAUAGCUGGAAGUAUGAACUGUUAGAAGGACAGCGGACAGUUGGACCUCAUGAGUGGGAUCCAUUCUUCUCGAAGCCCAAGCCCAAAGACAAGGGUGCAGAUUCUGUCGGCAGCGUCUUCCUGAAACAACAAGAUGAGCAUAUACGCAGUGGAUUCCUCGGAGUCCGAAGGAUGAGACGAAAGAGAACCGGCUGCUCCUCAAUAUCAGAAAAACAAAAACCCAUAACUUAUACUGGCAGGAAAUCCGGGAGUCCUUGUCUUUGGAGCGGAAAUUGA